AUGAGAUCCUCCCAGUCCAAGCGGAGGCAGCAGCCUCCUCCACGCAAGAAGGCCUGCCAAAGCUGCACCAAAUCAAAAGUCCGAUGUGACUUGGACAGGCCAGCUUGCUCUCGUUGCCGGUCGCUUGGUCGGACCUGCGAAUACCUGACGCAUCCUCCGGUUACCAGUCCUCCGAGCGAGCCCAACUACACAUCACCCACCGACACUACCGACAGAGAGCCAGUGUUGCCGAUAUACAGCACGCCACAGAUAGCUCCGAUCUCAGAGUUGCCGAUACCCCUGCCAUACACUUUCAGCAGUCCGGCUUGGACCCCUCCGCAUCCGCCCCGCGGGCUAGUAGCCAACAGUGUGCGUGGUGAGAGUAAUGAACUCGACUUCACGGGGAUUGAGCUAGUUCCGAGUGUGAAUGCAGAAAGUAUCAGGGAUCGAUGGCUGCGACCGUACAUUUUGCCUCCACUGGGUCGUGAUGAGGUCCCGAAGGCCUAUCAUCCGUUCACUUUGCAGUACAUCUCGAGGAUUUUGAGUACAUAUCCCCGGUUUAUGCUGAAGGAUGGCGAUGUGCCACCGAUAAUUCAUCGAACGCAGAUUGUUGGGCGCAGAAUGCCCCGUGCUUUGGCGAAUUGUUACAGUCUGGUGCGGAUGUGGGAGCAAGCUGCGGAGGGAAGUGAAACCUUGGUGGUAGAAACUGUAGAGAAAGAGAUGGAUCGACUAGCCAGCGAGGAACCGCCUAGUCUAGGCGACUUCGAUCUUCUUGCUAUUUUCCAGGCAUACCUGAUCUACUCUGUAAUGUUAUACUUCUCGCCUAUAGCGGGAGCCAAUGCCGUCAACGACAAAAUCAUGAUAACUCUCAUGGAAUUGGCGUUCCGUACUGCUCGAAAUGGGCUCUUCUGCACCGCCGAGAUGUCUCAUACCAGACCCAGCUGGGAGUCGUGGAUCGUGGCGGCCGCCAAGCGGCGAUCGCUCUUUACGAUGUACCUGUUCUGCAGCGUUUACAAUGCCGAUCGACUUUUACCAAAUUUUAUUGCAGACGAGAUGACUGGUGUUUUCGCCCCUGAAGCCAAAGCAUUGUGGGAAGCCACUUCUCGUGAGACAUGGGCGAAAGAGUACGAUCGGCAUCUUCUUGAUUGGGAAGACGGGAUGCUUGAGAUCUCGGAGUUGUGGAGAUCUGCGGAGACAGGAACACCGCGACGGAGAGAACGGAUCGAGCGGUGGCUAAGGACAGUGGACGAAUUUGGGAUGACAAUGUUUGGGGUUACUGCUCAUGUGCAUGGAUGCUGA